AUGGGUUGCGCCACACUGUUGACCUUUGACCCGUGGCCCGCUCCAGUCAACAAGGGAGAUUAUGAAGGUGAGGUGGUUAUCUUUGGGUCCCCCACUGCCCAGCAGAAGGCCAAGGAACUGAUUGAAGACUUGGUGGCAGAUGGCGGCUCUAGAUUUUACGAUGGUGGUGGCAGGAGUGACUCAGUCUGGUCUUCCAGUCAAUUGAAGGCAUCCAAUGUCACCCAGCCUCGUGCAACAAUAGACUGGAAUGCUAUCCGAGAGAACAAGGACAAGUAUGAAGAGCUCAAAUGGAAGGACAUCCCACCCAUGAAGAAGAAGUUUUACAUAGAGAAUGAGUGUGUGUCCACGCGCACAACAGAGGAAGUCAGAGAAUGGAGGAAGGAGAAUAACAAUAUCUUUGUUGACGACUUGAAAGAGGGUGAGGAGAAGCGGCCUUUUCUCAAUCCCUGUUGCACUUUCCUGGAGGCCUUUGAGCUUUAUCCAGAAAUCAUGGAAAACAUUAAGAGAGUUGGCUUCAUCAAACCAACCCCCAUCCAGUCUCAGGCCUGGCCGGUGCUGCUGAGCGGGGAGGACCUGAUAGCCAUUGCACAGACAGGAACAGGGAAAACCCUGGCCUACCUGCUGCCAGGGUUCAUUCACAUGGACGGACAGCCUGUACCAAGGAACGAGCGCAGUGGUCCAGGCAUGUUGGUGCUGACUCCAACCAGAGAGCUGGCCCUGCAGAUUGAAACUGAAUGCAACAAGUACCGCUAUAAAGGCUACAAAAGUAUCUGUAUCUAUGGCGGAGGGGACAGGAAAGGCCAGAUCAACCUGGUAAAGAGUGGGGUGGACAUAGUUAUCGCCACACCAGGUCGACUAAAUGACCUGCAGAUGAACGAACUCAUCAGCCUCGCCUCUGUCACCUAUCUGGUGCUGGACGAGGCUGACAGGAUGCUCGAUAUGGGCUUUGAACCUCAAAUUAUGAAGAUUCUCCUGGACAUUCGUCCAGACCGACAGACGGUCAUGACCAGUGCCACUUGGCCAACUGGUGUAAGACGACUAUCCAAAUCCUACCUCAAGGAUCCCAUGAUGGUUUAUGUGGGCACCCUGGACUUGGCGGCAGUUGACACUGUACAGCAAACCGUGCUGAUCGUCAUUGAAGAAGAGAAAAAGUCCUACUUGUAUGACUUCAUCAGAAACAUGCUGCCCGACGAUAAAGUCCUCAUCUUUGUUGGCAAGAAGAUUAUGGCUGAUGACCUGUCGAGUGACAUGUGUCUGCAGGGUCUGGCUGUGCAGAGUCUCCAUGGUGACCGUGAGCAGUGUGACCGUGAAGAAGCCCUCAAGGACUUUAAAGACAGUCGAGUUCGUAUCCUGGUUGCCACAGACCUGGCGUCUCGAGGACUGGAUGUCCAUGACAUAACGCACGUCUUUAACUUUGACUUCCCACGUAACAUAGAGGAGUACGUCCAUCGCAUCGGCCGCACUGGCCGAGCUGGGCGUUCAGGUGCUGCUGUUACCCUGGUAACCAGGGAAAACUGGAGGAUGGCCCCUGAACUGAUCCCAAUCCUGGAGCGCUCAGGACAGGAGGUCCCUGAUGAGCUGGUGCUUAUGGCAGAAAGAUACGAGAAGCACAAGAGGGAGAAGGAUAUGUAUGAUCCAAGGGGAGGACAAGGACGAGUGGGGUGGAGAGAUGGAGGAAGAGGAGGCAGGGACUGGGGCCACUAAUACAUGAUUGUUCAUACAUGUCGGCAUAGUGUUUCCUUCUGUUUAGCGUUCUAAUAGGAAUAUAGUUGUUUUUUUCCCCUUAACAUGAUGGCGCAUAAUCUAAAUAAAAUGCCCAUGUUAAAUGUACAAUUUUAUUUAAUUGAACUUGAUCUUUUUUUGCUGGAUUCACAUAAUUUAAGGCAUCAUUUUUUAUUUAUUUAUUUUUUUUAAUGUUUGAAAUGCACAGUUUUUACAGUUUAUAAUUCACCAACUGCUGCAGAUAUAUUUUGAGUAUUUUGUUGUUUAUGUUGAAUUGGUAACUUCUGAACUGGUAAAUGCUGAAUGUUUGAUACAAUAACGGUUAACUCAGCUUUGCACAAUUUGAUCCACACUCCUGGAUGAUUUUAAAGGCAAAUGUUUGUCAUUUCCACCGGUAAAGUACCAAGUAGUCAAGUGUUGACCUUAAUCAGCUUCAGGACCUUGUCUGCACAUGGACAGUAAAUGCUGCUCUAACCGUGCAAGAGAUGUGAGGAACAGCAAGAAACAAACCUGUAGAUUGACGCAAAUUGAAAAGGAGAAUUAAAAUAUA